ACAUUGAUAGAUUGUUUGCUUGGAUCCUCCUAUUUCCAUAAGCACCAACAACACUCCUCAUAGCUGAUCUUGUCUUCACUUCUAGUUCAAAAAAGGGUCAGUUGUUUCUAUUUCUGUCGACUUCUAAUUCUAUCUAGAAACACAAUCAUUCAAUCACUUUUCAUGAGAUAUUUGUGAUUGACGUGUGUUGUGUUCUUUUCGUUUAGAUUCUUUUUUGAUUGUGGGUGGGAAAGAGUGGAAUUUGAUAAUCGAGAUUCGUUUGUUGUUCUGUUGGUUUGAUUGAUUGAUAGUUUACGAUGCCCCACCCGGAAAUUGAGGGGCUUUCGUCCUGAUUAGCGAGAAAUUGGGGAUUUAGAUAUGAUCUUGUUUAUGGGUUUAGUUCAAGCUGGUCGAUUUCGAUCUUCUUUUUGUUAACUUUGCACCUGAUUGUUGAGAGAUUGAGGUGAAUUCAUGAUUUUUGGUUUGCAUACCAAAUGUUUGAAGAACUUCCUCUUUCAUUUUCUGGGUUGCUAGUCUAGGGACUAUUGUAUUUAUGAAUUUGAGUUGAGUUCAUGAUUCUUGGCUUGCACACCAUGUGUUUGAAGAAAUUCCUCUUUCAUUUUCUGGUUUGCUAGUCAACGGGCUGUUGUAUUUAUGAGUUUUGAGCUGAAUUUAUGAUUUUUGGUUUGCACACCAAGUGUUUGAUGAAAUUCCUCUUUUAGUUUGAGGGUUUUCUGGGUGUUUUUCUUUUGUUCUUUUGUGUAUAUUUUGAUAUGGGUGGCUGUAAUCCAAUGAUGGAAACACUGGAGGAGGAGAAUUUGAUUGCUGCUGCUAGGCUUAUUCUGAAAGCAUUGGAUUCCAACAAGAAAAUAACCGAUGGAGCGAAGAAAAUAUUGGUGGAUUUAGGCACCCGAUUGUCAUCCAUGGCAGAGAUCACUGUAACCGAAGAUGAAGAUGAAGAAGGAGAACUAAGCGAUAUCAAAGGACGGAUUAAUUUGAUUCAGGAAAAGAUCAUGAAUUGGGAGGCUGAAGAAUCCAUGAUAUGGGAUUGUGAUCCCGAAGAAGCCAAGGAGUAUUUGAAGGCGGUGGAUKAAGCUCGAAGAUUAGCCGAGAGUUUAGAGAAUUUGAAUCUAAGUAAAGACGAUAAUGUUCACUUGAGAAAGGUUAAUUCCGUUGUUCAGACAUCCAUGGCUAGAAUCGAAGAAGAGUUUAGGCAUAUGCUUGUUCAUAAUCGGCAAAACUUCGAGCCUGAACAUUUGUCGUUUCGUUCUAGCGAAGAUGAUGGUCUAGAUGAGAACUCGAUUGUUUCUUUUGGGGAUGAUUCGCUUGAUGAUUCGGUUCAAAGAGAUAGUGUCAGCCGUGGAGCCGAGGUUUAUAUUAUGGAUUUGGUGAAUCCUCAGGUGAUUCCUGAUCUGAAAAGCAUUGCUAAUUUAAUGUUUGAUUCAAAUUAUGGUCGAGAAUGUUCUCAAGCGUUCAUCAACGCACGUAAAGAUGCUCUCGAUGAUUGUCUUUUCAUUCUUGAAGUUGAGAAAUUAAGCAUUGAAGAGGUUCUGAAGAUGGAAUGGGUUUCGUUGAACUCGAGGAUCAGGAGAUGGAUAAAGGCGAUGCGGAUUUUCGUACGGGUUUAUCUUGCAAGCGAGAAGUUUUUGUGCGAGCAGAUAUUUGGCCAAGGGGAAUCCGUGACCGUCAGUUCGAUUUGUUUCUGUGAGUCGUCGAAAGCUUCGAUAUUGCAGCUUUUGAACUUUGCAGAAGCCAUUGCCAUCGGUCCUCACCAACCCGAGAAACUUCUCCGGAUUCUCGACAUGUAUGAAGUUUUGGCCGAUCUUAUGCCGGAUAUUGAGGGUUUGUACUCUGAUGAGAAUGGAUCCUACAUACGAAUGGAAUGCCAAGAUGUUCUGACACGGGUCGGCGAUUGCGUGAAGGCGACGUUUAUCGAGUUCGAGAAUGCAGUCGGGUCGAAUACGUCAAAUAGCGCGUUUCCGGGUGGCGGGAACCACCAUCUUACUCGUUACGUCAUGAAUUACAUCAAAACCCUGACCGAUUACAGCGAUUCCUUGAACACCUGCCUGAAAAACCCGGAUCAAGAUUCGUCAUCUUCACCUGACACGAGUCCAAGCUCCGAACACGGUACCGACAACGGAAACUCAUCUUCGUCUCCAAUGGCGUUUCAUUUCAGAUCCCUAAUGUCGAUUCUUGAAUGCAACCUUGAAGAGAAAUCAAAGUUAUACAAAGACGAUGCACUCGGACACCUUUUCAUGAUGAACAACAUCCAUUACAUGGCCGAAAAGGUGAAAACUUCCGAGCUAAGAACCGUUCUUGGCGAUGACUGGAUUCGAAAACGAAACUGGAAGUUCCAACAAUACGCCAUGAGCUACGAACGAGCCACCUGGAGCUCGAUUCUGAAUCUACUUCGAGACGAUGGUCUCUCGAAUUCCGGUAGCUCGAAUUCAACCUCGAAAACGCUACUCAGGGAGCGUCUGCAGGCAUUUUACACCGCUUUCGAAGAGAUCUAUAAAAAUCAAUCAGGAUGGUCAAUACCGAACAGUCAACUUCGUGAUGAUGUGAGGAUCUCGAUGUCGCUUAAGGUGAUUCAAGCUUAUCGAACAUUCGUUGGUCGGCACGCGAAUAAUAUCAGUGAGAAAUAUAUCAAGCAUACUGCUGAUGAUCUUGAGAAUUUUAUUUUGGAUCUGUUUGAAGGAGCUCCAAAAUCAUUACAUAGUUUCCAUAGAAAGUGAUACCACUGGUUUUUUGAGUGUGUUAUUAUUAUCUUUUAUGUUAGGGGUGUUCUUUUGUGAGCUCUUGUAAAUGGGGUAUGGGUUCGGAGAUCGAACCGUACGCCCAUCAAAUCCAUGGAAGUUUGUCCUGUGGGACCUGCAAAUGCAGGAAUAAUCCAUGUUUGCAGGCUCGUAAGGGACAAAAUCUGUAGAUUUGAAUUGACUACGGGUCAAGUUGUAUGUUUGAAAUUGAUUGGGUCCGGUACAGGUCAGGUCGAGUCGAGUCUGGGUCUAAAGUCUGGACCCAACCCUCCUCUGUAACAUAAAUUUUUA